AUGUCGCAGGACGAACCGACUUCGAGAAAGGACAAGAAGGCGUUGAGAGAUGCUGAGAGGCAUAAGAAGGGCAAGAAGAGAAAAUACGCCGAUACUGAAGAGCAGGAUGCCGCUGCUGUCGCGGAAGACCAGCAAGUAGAAGAGCCUGCAAAGAAGUCGAAGAAGCGAAAGGCCGAGGAUACCCUGGAAGGCAAUGAGGCGGCUGAGACCAAGGAUGCUGCUGGGUUUAUCAAGGAGAAGCCAAAGAAGCGCAAGAAGCAGCGCACAGAGCAGACUGAAGGCGGCGAAGAAGCGGAAGACACCAACAAACCAGCCAAGUCGCGCUUCAUAGUCUUCGUCGGCAACCUGCCAUACAAGACUACCGACGAUUCUCUACGAGGGCACUUCAAGAAGCUGCAACCCUUCACGCUUCGACAUCGCACAGACCCAAAGACGAGAAAGAGCAAGGGUUUCGCAUUUCUUGAAUUUGAGAAUUACGAUCGCAUGAAGACAUGCCUGAAGCUCUAUCAUCACAGCAUGUUCGACCCCGAGAACGUGAAAGAGGACGGUGCGGACCUUGAGGCCGUUGCAGAGCAAGAGGAAGUGAGCAACAGGAAGAAGAAGAAGACUCAGGCGAGGCGGAUCAAUGUCGAGUUGACAGCUGGUGGAGGCGGCAAGACGGAUGCUCGGAAGGAGAAGAUCAAGGUGAAGAAUGAGAGGUUGGAGGACCAACGGAAGAGGAGAGCUGAGGUCGAGAGAAAGGAGAAGGAGAAGAAGGCGAGGAAGGAGCAAAAGAGUGGAAAAGCAGGAAAGAAGGAAGAGCCGGAAGAGGCAGCGACUGCUGGCGCUGAGGCUUCCCACGGGAUACAUCCGAGUCGGCUUGCACAAAUGUCUCGUUGA